AUGGCCGAGGCUCUUAUGAGGUGGCAAGAGGGUUUGGACCGUAUUCAAGCGGCGCCAUUUCAUUUAUUCGCAGUCGAUAACAACACAGAUGUAGGAGCGCCUGGUACUGCCGGUGCUGAGUUAGUAGCACCUUCCUAUUGGGGAUUCAUCAACUCUAUCUUUCUUCCAACUGUAGUUUUUUACACAGUUCUCUGGUUUGCUGUUUAUGCAUGUGUGCAGUACAACUGCUGGCUGAGUUGGCAAGAAGGAAUCAAGAGGAAACGUCUUCUCAAUUUGACCACUUCUCUCAUUCAUUCGACGAUCUCCGGACUCUACUUGUUCGCUUUCUUCUGCUAUAACACUAAGUUGAUGUUCGCUGCACCACUUCAUUACUAUUCCUACCUCGACUCACAGAUAAUCACUCUCUCAAUUGGAUACUUUUUCUAUGACGGAAUCGAUCUCGUUCUGAACGAUAAACUUUCGAUCUCCACGGGUGUGCUUCUCUUUCAUCAUGUUGCCUCCAUCUAUGUACUUUCUACCGCUGUUCUUUCAAAGAAGUUCCUCUUAUAUGCUUAUUGGGCUAUGCUUAUGGAAGUUUCUUCAAUCUUCUUGCACACUAGAUCGAUUCUUCAUAUCUCCAAGUUGUCAACUACUUCGAUGAUUGGAUUCUCCAAAGUCAUAUCUUACCUCAACCUCUUCAGUUUCAUCAUUUUCCGUGGUUUCGUUCAGUUCUUCCUCUUCGGAUGGGCAUGGGUCAACUAUGACCACAUUCACUUCGUCUUCAAGUGCAUCGCUUUCGGAGGAGGAUUCUGUUUCGCUGUCAUCAAUGUCAGUCUGCUUCUCCGUAUCUUGCACUCUGAUGGAUUCCUUCUAUCAUCUGUGGUUUCCCAAGACCGUCUGGAUGCUCUCCUCGAGGACAACGAGUACAGCAACUCGUCGGAAAGUGUGGCGAAGUCGGAAAAGAAGGAACUUCUUGACGUUUAG